CUCGGACCUGAAUGAGUUUCUCCGCGCUCCUGUGUUCUGGAAUUCACCGGGCGCGAGCGGCGAGCACCUUUUUUGCGGCCUUUUCCUUUCCUCUCUCUAUCAAUGUAAAUGGAGGAGGAGGAGGACAGUCUGGCAGCGGCACCGAGCGCGGCUCCGGACCGGACGAAGCAAGGUGGUCCUGGGGACAGCGGCGCCGCCGCUGCUGCUGAUGGCGCUCCGCCGGGCGCGGAGCUCGGGGCGGCGGGGUCCGAGCGACUGGCCACCGCCGGCGUCGAGCACAGCGCGGCGGGCGGCCGCGGAGGAACCGGAAUCCGCCUUUUAAAGCGCAACAUGAAGCGUAACGGCAGCCAGGGCUGCGUGACCCGGAAGAGCCGCUUUGGGUCCCGGGAGCGAGACUGGCUGAAGGGGGACGCCCAGCGGGGCUGCGUGUGCCUGUACGGCCCGGGGGACCCCCAAGGCGCCUCGUCAUCGCAGCCGGACCUGCGGCUCGCCCUCUGCUCCACCAGCACCACCGCGGAGGAGCUCUGUGCUCAGGGCAACGGCCGCAGUCUUUACGUGCAGCUGCACGGUGACCUCCUCAGGAGGCUGGAUCCCACAGAGCGGCCCCUACAGAUGGUGUACGACUACCUGGCAACCAUCGGCUACGCAGACUCUCUGCGGGUGCAGAGGGAGGCUGCAAACUCGGACCUCAGCUGCAUGAUCCGCUUUUACACUGAGAAGCCCCUGAGUGCAGACCAGAUGGAGCGCACCCUGCUAAAGGGUGUGUUCAGCGUGCGCAAGGGCAAGACGCAGCUGCACAAGUGGGCGGAGAGGCAGGUCAUCCUGUGUGGCACCUGCCUCAUCGUGGCCUCCGUCAAGGACAGCCUCACAGGGAAGAUGCACAUUCUGCCCCUGGUGGGGGGAAAGGUGGAGGAGGUGAAGAGGAGGAUGCACUGUCUGAUGUUCAGCUCUUCCGGACCUCAGGCUCAGACCUAUUAUGUCAACUUUGACACCCAGGCUGAAUACUUGCGGUGGCAUCGGCAGGCAUCCAAAGUUGUGUCCCAGACCAUCAGCCUGGUUGACUUGUCCUGCUAUAGCCUGGAGGAGGUUCCCGAGUACCUGUUCUACAGCCAGGAUGUUACACACCUCAACCUGCGACACAACUUCAUGAAGAUGGAGGGACCUGGAGGGCUGCAGCACCUCAACAGAUUUUCACAGCUGAAGAGCUUGAAUCUUUCCCACAACCGCCUGGGCGUCUUUCCAGAGUCCAUAUGCGAGAUCCUUUCCCUGACUGAGCUCAACCUCUCCUGCAACGGCCUCCGAGCAGUUCCCACCCAGAUCGGCAACCUGGAGAGUCUGCAGACGCUGUCCCUGGAUGGAAACCACCUGGACUCUCUGCCCGAGGAGUUGGGUGGCCUAUCACAGCUCUGCAGCCUGGGCCUUUCCUUCAACAACUUUACUACCGUGCCUGCUGUCCUGGAGAAGCUGACUGGCGUUGACCGGUUGGCCAUGGCAGGCAACAGGGUGGAGACGCUGGAACUGGGCAGCCUAGCGCGCAUGGGCCACCUGAAGAGCAUCGACUUGCGACUGAACGGACUGCACAUGUUGCAAAGCGGCAGCCCUGAUGUGCUAAAGCUCAUCACACACAUGGAUGUGAGAGACAACCACCUGACCUCGCUAGACCUGUCUUCUGCCUGCAAUCUGGAGACGCUGAACUGCCAGCACAACCAUCUGGGGGCACUCACCCUGAGUGGGUUCGCCCUACGUGCGCUCUACGCCAGCGGCAACCGCCUUAGCACAGUAAAUAUCUACCCUGUUCCUAAUCAGCUGACCCACCUGGAUUUAUCACGGAACAGCCUGGAGUACCUGCCAGACUGGGUGUGUGACACCCGGAAAAUCGAGGUGCUGGACAUCACGCACAACCUCCUGUCCGAGUUGCCUGGCAGACUCCUCAGUAGUCUGAGCUUGAGGAAGCUCCUUGCGGGCAACAAUCAACUGUGUCGACUGCCGGAUCUUCUGGACCACAUCCCCCUCGAGGCGCUCGACCUCCAGCACAACAAGCUGAGCGAGCUCCCAGAGAACUUCUUCUACAAAGCCUUAAAUCUGAGAUACCUGAACUUGUCGGCCAACUCCUUGGAGACUAUUCCUCCCAGCAGUCCGUCAGAGGAGAGCCUCAGCACCCUACAGGAACUGUACCUCACUAGCAACAACCUGAGUGAGCACUGCGCCGCCCUGCUGGUGGGACACCAGAACCUGCGUGUGCUGCACAUGGCUUACAACCAGCUGCUCUCCUUCCCUGCCAGCAAGCUGAGUAAGCUGGAGCUCCUGGAGGAGCUGAACCUUAGUGGAAACAACCUGAAGACCAUACCAUCCACUGUGUCUAGCUGCAAGAGGCUUCACACCCUCAUUGCUCACUCCAACCACAUCACCGUGUUUCCCGAGAUUCUGGGGCUGCCAGAGAUCAAGCUCGUGGACCUCAGCUGUAAUGAGCUGACUGAGAUCCUGCUUCCAGACUCCCUUCCCCCGACCCUGCAGGAGCUGGACCUGACGGGCAACAGCAGCCUCAUCCUUGAGCACAAGACCCUCAACCUUUUCAGUCACAUUACCACCCUUAAACUGGACCAGAAGCCAGUGGUGAGCGCUGGAGAUUCCCUCAGCUCCUCCAGUCUCUGGAGCCAUGGCUAUGCCGAGAUGAGCGGCCAGAGGAACAAGCUGUGCGUGUCAGUCCUGGCAGUGGACCAUUUCGGGGGCAGCAUGGAGGCAGCCUACGGCAUCUUUGACGGGGACCGCAACGAGGAGGUUCCCCGUCUGCUGCAGUGCACCAUGGGAGAUGUGCUGUCGGAGGAGAUCCAGCACUCCAGUGUGGACACUGUGUACAUGUGCAACACCUUCCUCACAUCCCAUCGGAAGCUGGGCAUGGCUGGGCAGAAACUGGGCGCCUCAGCACUUCUUUGCUACAUCCACCAUGAGGCCGCUGCCACGGACCAGAGCGGCUACUUCAGCCUUACCCUGGCCAACGUGGGCACCUGCCAAGCUGUGCUGUGUCGGGAUGGACAGCCGCUGCCCCUUUCCAAAGUGUUCAGCCUGGAGCAGUGCACAGAGGAGACAGAGCGUGUCAAACAGGGCAAGGCCAUUGUUACAGAGGACAACAAGGUGAGCGGCGUGACCUGCUGUUCGCGUCUGCUGGGCUGCUCAUACCUCUUCGCCUGGGUGCUGCCGAAACCGUGGGUGCGUACAGAGCCUCUCUGUGCCCAGGAUGAGUUUCUGAUAAUGGGCAACCGGGCGCUUUUUGAGAAGGUGUCCUACCAGGAGGCAGUGACUACUGUCUUGGCGGUGCGGGACCCCCGGGCUGCUGCUAAGAAGCUGUGCACGCUGGCUCAGAGUUAUGGCUGUCGGGACAAUGUGGGGGCGGUGGUGGUGGCGCUACAUGUCGCUGAGGACAGCUGUACUUGCGAGCCACCCCUCGCCGCUGGGGAGGGCAAACCCGGCACAGUGGGGACAGUCCUCCCAGUGGCUGUGACCCUUGGGGAGCCAGCCACACCUUCCUCCAGCAGUGGCAUCGCCUCAGAAUUCAGCAGUGAAAUUUCAGCCUCGGAAGUGGGCAGCGAAGCAGGUUCCACAGCCUCUGAUGAACACCCGUCUUCCGGCCCGGCCUCCCGGCCCGACAGGCGCUGUAGCCUGCACCCGGCCGCCACGCUCUGUGGCAUCGGAGGUGGCGGUCCUGCAGUCACCCACCCUGCACUGUUCCAGCGCCAGCCAUCCAGCGCCACCUUCUCCAGCAACCAGUCGGAUAACGGGCUGGACAGUGAUGAUGAGGUGCCCCUGGAGGGUGUCAUUUCUAACGGAAGCAAGCUAGAGGUGGAGGUGGACAUCCACUGCUGUGCGUUCCAGAUCCGCUCGGGGAGUCGGGAGGGCCCUGAUGAUCAGGGGCCCACUCAUGAUCGAGGCUCCAGUUUCUCCAAUGGGGGUUUUGGCGAGAAGCUGCGGCUUCAAAACAACGUGGUAGUUUCGGCCACCAACGGAUGCCUGCUGGCCGUGUGCGGGAGGGAGAUCUCAGACCUCAAGAAGUCCCCCUCGACCUCCAGCCUCUUCGGUAAGAAGCUCUCAAAUGGCUCUGUGGUGGCGCUGGAGGACAGUCACAACCUCAUUGAAGUGGCCCUGGAGGCCCCCAAAAAGAAGUCAGGCUACUUCUCAGCACCUGCCCAGCAGGACCCCGAGGACCAGCUGGUGGUGCCGGCGAGCCUCGAGCAGGACGUGUGGGAGCAGCUCAGGGCUCAAAACGCCAUUGUUCCCGGACCCCCGCCUACAUCCUCCUCGCCCACCUCCUCGGCCAGAGACACUGAAUUGGAGAACCCCCAGCCUUCCCAGUUGCCUCAGCGGGAUCUGGUGCCGCCCUCUGCCCUCCAGCAGGAAGUCUACGAUACCGCGCUGUAGAUGAUACCACAGCACAGAGCUGCACUGCGGCAUUGUGGGUGACCCUGUGCUCGGGGUGGGACGUGAGAUCUGUGGGUUGUUGCAGGAAUGCUUUUGUCUGGUGUUUUUAAAGGGGCUCAUAGUAUGUGGGGUCCAUGUGACGCUUCAUGCCUGGUAAAUUGAACCCUCUGGUGGUUACAGUGCCCCUAAGGCCAUGAAUUCAACAAACCAAGGAGAAGCACUAAGGAGCAAGAAGCCGAUAUGGACGAGGCCAAAACACAUGCCUGAAAGUGGAAUACCUCAUUCGUGUGGCAUUGCAAAAAGUGUCUGCAACAUGUCCCUUUAUGUAUAUGGUUGCGUGGCUUUUGUCUUUUUUUAUUAUUAUUUUUAUUUUUUUUUAAUUGCACAGACCUCCUGUUCAGAAGAACCUGCAGGCAUGUUGGUGUAAGUUUGAAGUCAUGGAACAGAACAGGUUUAAAGUAGAACCGUUUCUAAAGUGCCUACUGUAGACAGUACCAGGUGGGGACAGUCCUAGAGGACUCCUGCAUCCUGGUGCUUCUGUUGGACUGUCAAGGUGUGUGACAGUCUGGUGGCAGCCUGUGUGUCCCACAGCUCCAGGUCUCAUAGCUGUGCUCCACUGUGGAUGAAGGCAGACCUUGGCUUGUUUGCCUGAGCCUAGUAGCCACCAGUUGACUGGUUUUUCAUUUUUGAAGCGUGCAAUAGUUUGCUGAAUAUGUCUGAGAGAAGAAUGCACUUAAAACCUAAUUUCUAAAGUUUCUACAUUUCUGUAAAGAGAAACUGCACUCCUGAUAUGCGACCGCUCUGUGAGGGACGUCUGCUGGAGCAGUUACAGUGCGACCUAACGGUCGGUGCAAACCUGGAGCCUGCAAGGCCUGCAGUGGAAUUGUGGAUUGUUCUCCGGUCACGGCCCGGUUAGCCAUGGUGUGCGGGGACACCUCGCUCGCAUUCUGUCAAACUCGCAGCCCUCGCCACUGAUGUUAAAUUAUGCAUUCCAAAUGACUUGUUUUAUUUGCAGACCUGUUUAAUCCAGCAGUGUGUUGCCACUGCAACUCUGAGGACCAAGCGAGGCAAUGGGGGGUCUAAGAGUAAAAAGUACCGUUAGUCCGUAAACUGUAUUUGAACCUUACUGUGCUGAACAUAACUGACCUGUAUGGUCCUGACAGUUCUCAAUGCACACUGUACUCAGCUUGUACAAUGUUCACCAUACUUGGAAUGCCAGUAGCCAGAGAGUGUUUAUUUCAGCAUCGUGAUGGUGUGUUUGUGAUGAAAAGCAAGGUGGAUGUGCUUCCUGCACUGUUCAUAUCUCCAAGCAGGCCAGGCCGUAGCGGAGUCUCUGAAAGAAGCAUCGAAGGACGAGGCCGCUGACUUGUUUAGAGCUCGACAGACCGGGCUGUGUACUGCGGUACCACUGGCAGUAGCGCGUAUGUGUAGGGCCAUGCCAGUCCCAGUGUGAAAAUUACUGUGUUACUCCUUCUGUGACUUCUUUCACAUGCCGUUCAGCGUUGCUCCUUUGUGCUGGUACAUGAGCAGGUGACCCUUGGGUGACAUCGGUACUGAGAGCAUAACCAAGAACAACAUUUAUGCUGAAAUGAAGCGUUGCGAUCAAGCUGAAAGAGAGCAUUACACUUAGAGAAAAAAUCCACAUCACACAAAUCACAGAUAAUAAAAAGUAUUCAACUGGAUGUGUAUUAUGCAUUCUGACAUUAGAGAGAAGAUAUUAUCUAUGUAAUUGUAGAAAUUGUACGUAUGGUACCGACAAAACAGCUUUAACCGUGCUGUAUGCUUACUGGCUAAGACCUGUUCUCUGUUUUCAUUUGUUUUAAUUUAUUUUUUUUUUCAGCAAGGAAAGGGAGCGUGUGGAGCAACAUUCAUAACAAAGGAGGAGAGGUGCUAUGAGACAUUAUCAAUCAUACUGUUGUUGUUAUGCACUUUAUUAGCCUGUCAGUUAUGCAUAUCUGGUACUUAGUUCACGCAUGCUCGUAAUGAUUGUGAGAGUAAUGAUUGUGGUGAGAUUGAUGGAUGCAGGAGAGGACAUAGAGACAGAUUGAGUUAUGGGUCAUAGCGCCCCCUGGAGGCAGAGUCAUGACCUGCAGCCCAUUGAUUCCCCCUGUCUUGGUGCCUGCAGCGCUUCUUCUCCAGCACAUAACCGCACACGCUUUUGCUAUAUCGCAAAUUGCUCACUAUCAUUCCUUGUACUUUAGUUGACCGGGGUGCCGAGACCUGUUGGAUGUGGUGUUGCGAAGCAACCAUUGCUGAGAGUGUGUCGAGCCAUGUGCGACUCACCUGGGCUGUACAAGGAGCUCCGGACAGGUGUUUGUAGCAGGUGCCCUGUCCUCAUCAUGGCCCUGAUUCAGCCGAAGCCCGCACGAUGGGCGCAUGAGUGUGACAACACUGAAAACCCAGGCAUUUUCACAUUAUGUAUGGUGACAUGGGUGAGAAGCAGGUUGGUAUAUGAUAGGAUGGGGAUUCUGUGAUUAUUUCUUUGUUUGCAAGCUAAAUUGUGUUAGUAAUGUGCGUGCGUGCGUGC